AUGGCCGCCACAGAAGGACAACAAGUCAUGGCUCUCAUCAGCAAACGUCUCCGUACUCACCGCAAGAAAUACAACCGAAUCAUCGACAUGGAAGAAUCAGUUUCCCAAGGGAAAACCCUCAACAAGGAGCAACAAGAAACCAUCCGCUCUAAGCCAAUCGUCACUGCCCUUAUCCAAGAGCUUGAAAAACUCCGCCCUCCUUCCGCGGCCGUUUCUGAAGAGAUCAGCCUCCCUGCUAAGAAAAAUAAAAAACAAAAGGCACGUAAGGAGAUCUCUGAAGAGAAAGACAUAACGGAGAAAGACACGGAGAAGACGGACAUGGAGGAUUGCAAGGUCGCUGAUGAGGUUUCCCAAGACAAUAUAUCUCCUUGUAGUGAAAGCUCACAAGGUGAUACACCGUCGCCACCUUCUACAAGUACGGGGAAGCCACGACGUAAAAGGAAGUCGAAGAAACCUCAGACCACGAAGUGA